ACUCAUUGUCAGUUAUGUCAAAUCUGGCCACACUGAGACCCAGUACUAGUAAUUAUUAUCUACAUGUAGUUCAUAAAUUUGUGAAAAUACACACGACGUAAUUUCGAUCAUUCUGUCAUCACGAUUAGUAUUGCGUGCAAACAAUGCCGUUUUGGAAUUUCUUCCACGAUAUAUUUUCUGGGAAAAGUUCUGAAGAACCCAGAAACGAUUGGGACAGUUUCAGGAAUCCAAUUUGGCAAAAUGACGAAGAUGACGAUGAUGUCGACGAUUUCAGGCACUCCCGGAAAAGAAAUCAUUUUCAUAUUUUUAGUGAACCGCUAGAAAUUACACGUUAUUUUGAAUCCCAAAUAAAUGAAAUAUUAAAGAAUUUCAUGUUUGAAUUUGGCAGUCAAGUUCCAGGUCAAAAUACAUUUAUUGAUACAUUUCCAUUUGAAAAUUCUCAACAAGAAAACUUACGCGACAAAAUGUUAAAAUCGUCGGAAAAUGUAAAUCAAUUACAACCAAAACUGGACACAGAUUUGGAUAAAGAGGUCACGAUGGACAAUUUUUCCAACAUUUGGAGUCAAUAUAGUAAAGAGGGACAACCUGAGGCUAUGUUUCCAAAACAACGUAUUUUUGGAAAAUCCAUAAGUAAACGUUUCAUCCACAGACCGGAUGGAACAAUAGAACAGAAGCAAGUAAUCAGAGACAAUGAAGGGAACGAAGAAACAAUUAUUUCACAUCAAAAGGGUGACAAAAUGUACACUGUUAUCACCAAAAAAGAUAAAUAUGGUGUAGAAACUAAAACAGAAAAUAUUGUCGAUAUCGACAGCAGUGAAUCGAAAAAAAUAGAGGAUAAAUUGUUACCAUUUAGAGACAAUAGUAUUGAUUUUAAUUUUGGCUUGAAUUACUUUCCUUGGGAAAAGUUUUUCAAACCGGAUCCAAAAUUGUAAUCAAAUUGUUUUUGUAGUAAAUAUUUAUUAACUGGUUGGUAUAGUUUAAUCUGAAGCAGAAAGUUGGACACGAAAUUUAGAAAAAAUAUACAAUAAACUUAUUUUAUUCUAAUGUAAGUUAUUUUACUCAAUAAAGUAUACAAGAUUUUCUGGAAUUUUAA